AUGUCGGAAUCCGAAAAAUUGACGUGUGUAUGCGGUAAAAAACGAGAAAACCUGAAUAUUACAAAUUGGAAAAGACACCUGGACAAUUGUAAGCAACGUAAAACAAAAAUUAAUUCUCGAAGCAUUACUUCAUUUUUUAAUAUACCGAAACCGAAGAAAGUAUGUAUGGAUACCGAUACAAUUUGUUAUCCUUAUCCAACUUCAGAUGCGUUCAUAAAUGAUUCAGGUUCUAGUGUUCAUGAGCAAAUUAAGCAAAAAGACAUGAUUCUUACUUCCAGUUCUUUAAAUAAAAACGUUUUGGACUCUGUUGUUGGUAAUACAUUUAGUCAAAUCGCAAAAGAAAUUGAUCAAGACAGUGUUUUGGACUCUGUUGUUGGUAAUACAUUUAGUCAAAUCGCAAAAGAAAUUGAUCAAGAUAGUGAUAUGAAUUCUAUCAAUACUGACAUGGAGACUGUCGAUAUCGAAGUGGAUACUGAGAUGGAGACUGUAGACAUGUUCAGAAAUGACCCAGCACAUUUUGUCAAGUUAAAACAUAUAACACCGGAAAUUAGAAGUUUAAUAUUAGAACUAGGUCCUUGUCAACCACUGUCAAAUGAUCUUCCAGGAAAGAGUUUUCCUAAAAAUGGUUCAAAAGAAAAUAGAAGCUUUAAAGAAAUAUACUAUUACCGGAUUCUUCCUGACAAAACAAAAUGUCUCCGCGAUUGGCUGUCAUAUUCUCCAAGCAAAAACAAAAUAUAUUGCAUGCAUUGUUUUUUAUUUGGGACAAAUUUGCACAAAAAUCUAGAGAAAUCAUGGACAAAAAAUGGAUUUGACUCAUGGAAAAACUUGUCUUCCGGAAUAGAGUAUCAUGAACUUACAAAUGAUCACAUAAACGCCACAUUAAAGUAUAAACUUCGAAAGACUUCAACUCCAAUUUUGCCUAGUUUGGAAUAUCAGCGUAAAAUUGAAGUCUCAAUGAAUCGACAAGUAAUAAAUGAAAUUAUAGACAUUGUUUUAUACUUAGCAAGACACAAUUUGGCUUUUCGAGGUCAUAGAGAUAACUGGUCAGUAAGUUCGCCUGGUGGUAAUUUCAAAGACUUGGUUAUUUUAUUAGCUAAAAGUUCAGCUCCAUUAUCUGACCAUUUAAAUAGUAUAAAACUAAAAAAAAAAGGUCAAAUUUCUUUUGUUACCUGGGAAAGACAGAAUCAGUUAAUAGAUUCAAUAUCUCAUGAUAUUUCCUCUCAAAUUCAACAAGCAGUUGUUCAAUCCAAUAUGUUUAGUAUAUCUAUUGAUUCUACUUUUGAUGCUUCACGUCGCGAACAAGUAUCAUUUGUUAUUAGAUAUGUUGAUGAUACAUUUGGGUUAAUUCACGAAAGAGUCAUUGCUAUUAAAGAAUCACCUAUUACAACAGGAAAAGACUUGUACAGCUUAUUUGUUGCUAUUAUGGAAAAAGAAAAACUUAAUUGGAAAGAUUGCCUUGUUGGGCAGUCUUAUGAUGGUGCUUCAAACAUGCGCGGAAAUUACAAAGGCUUACAAGCACAUAUAAAAAGAGAAUGUCCACAAGCUUUGUAUGUAUGGUGUCAUGCCCACCGACUAGCCUUGGUAGUCAAGCAAGCUGUAUCCUGUGACUCAAAUUCAAGAGACUUGUUUGGAAAUUUGGAAAGUCUAUAUGUCUUGUUAUGGUGUUCAAAAAAAAGAGCAGCAACAUUUAGAGAAGCUCAAAAAAAACACUCAGACUUAAAAUACACCCAAGAGCAUGCUGUUAAACGAGUCUGUACAACACGUUGGAAUUCCCAUUCAGCAGCUUUGAAUGUAGUUAUCAAGUUUCAUCAUGCAGUUUUACAAACAUUGGAAGAAAUAAAAAAUCUUGAAGGAGUUACUGAUGCAACUGUUGGUGCCAAUUGUAGUGGUCUUAUAGAUUAUUUUACAUCACGGAGAUUUUUAUUAACUGCUUUCACAUUCAAAAAGCUAUUCGACAUAUUAGAAGUAGUUACAAGACAAUUUCAAACACAUGAUAUGGAUAUUUUAUUGGCAACAAGUAUUGUAACUAAAACAAUUAAUUCGAUUAGAAAAUUGAGAGCAAAUAAUUCAUUUGAGGAAAUUAUAAAAUUAACAGAUAAUUUUAUCAAUGAGAGUGACACAGAUUUUAUACCAUUAAAAAAUAUUAGACCUAGGCGUGUUCCAAUUAAAGCAGGUGAACUAAUGCAAGAUGAUCCUAUUGUUUGUCCAAUUAAAAAGUUUGAGGUAGAAACAUACAAUGCUGUAAUAGAUAUGACUCUAAAUGAAUUGAGUGACCGGUUUGAAACAACAAAUAUUGGACCAUUAAAAGACAUAGCAUUGCUCUCAUAUCGUAGAAUACAAGAAGUGCACAAUGAUCCAACAAUGCUACCCAAAGAUUCAUUUAUAGAGUUAUGUGAGGUCUAUUCAAAAAUUAAUAGAGAUUGUUUGAUUUCUGAAUAUAUGCAGUUUUGUAAAAAUUUAAAUGAAUUUGAAAAUAACUUAAAUUUACCAAAGUUUUUGCAUGAUGUUAGUAAUAAUAAAUCAAGUAAUGAUGAAGAUGAAAAUGAUAAUAAUGAUGACAACAUUUCUAUGUUUGAACUAAAUACGUAUGAUGAUUUAAAUGAAACUUCGAAUGAUAAUGAUCAAAGAGCAAUUAAAAACAUUGGGAGUACUAAAAAAAUUUUUCAAAUGUUUUGUACAGCUAAUUUAACCAGUUGUUUCCCAAAUUUGUAUGUAGCAUUAAAAUUAUCAGUCACUCUUCCAAUUUCAAGUUGUAGUGUAGAGCGUUCAUUCUCAAAGUUAAAACUGAUCAAAACUAAACUUCGAACUUCCAUGCUACAGGAUAGGUUAGAAAACUUGAUGAAAAUCAGUUGUGAAAAAGACUUAAAUCCAAUAGUAGACAAUAUAAUUUUAUCGCUAGCUGGAAAAAGUUCCAGCUUAUGUAAAGCAUUAGUGUAUUAA